AUGACUGGCGUACCUCUCUACUCGGUACGGGACACGGCUUUCUUUAUUCAUAUACGUGACACAUUUUUUCAAUUUCUAUUCUUUUUUUACUCCAUAUAAAAAGCACAGGAGUGAGAGAAACAGAAAAAGAAAUAGCAAGAGAGUACUAGGAAAAUAUAUAAAAAAUGUCAUCUUCAGUAAUUGAAUUAGGAUCAACAAUAACACAAGGCGGUAGCAGCAGUAGAGAUGAUCAUGGUGACCAUGAUGAUCAAAGGCUUGAAUCAGUACAGAUGGAAGACUUGACGAUAUAUAGAAAUUUGUCACUUCCUUCUGAAACUUUUCUCAAAUCAGCUAUUUCUCUUAAAGACCAGGUAGUGGAAGCUACUUGGAGAGAAGCAAAUGGUAGAAAGAAGGGUUGUGUUGAUCCAACGGUGUAUACAGGUUUACUUGGAACAGUUUUUACUUGUUUGAGAUCAUAUGAAGCUACCGGAAAUCAGAAUGACUUGCUAUUGUGCACUGAGAUUGUUGAUUCUUGUGCUGCGUUUAUUGCAAGCACUUCUAAAAGAUGAAAAAGGAAAAAUGAAGUCGAAGAAACAGAAAAAACCCGGUGAGAUUUAUCAUUAGCUUCAUCUGUCAUUGUUUGAUUUUGUUUUUUUUUGAAUUUAUUUUUUUUAAUCCUGAAUACCCAUAAUUUUUUUUUGAGUUAUCACUUUAUUCUUCUUCGAUUUUAACAUAAUUUUCUCCUCAAUGUGAUUUUACCUUCUGAUAUUGAAGAUGAACAAGAAGAAAUUGAUAGCGUCGAAACACUGAAGGAGAUGCAAAU